UUUUUCCCAGUGCAGCUAUUUAUAGCCGCACGUCAUCAGCGAAUAACAUUGGGACAGUCGUUAUUAUCGUGUUCAGGAAGGAAGGCACAUGACAGCAUAAUGUACCAGGGUCUCCGAGUUGUGCGAGGUCCUGAUUGGUCCAGCGCAGAGAGUGAUGGAGGUGAAGGUCACGUGGGUACUGUUGUGGCACAAGAGGGCGCAGGUCGUGUUGACGUCAUUUGGGACGGUGGUCAGAGAACGACGUGUAGAGCAGGGAAAGACGGCAAACAUGACCUGAGAAUCCUCGACUCUGGGACGACAGGAAUACGUCACGAGGGUGUCACGUGUGAGGGCUGUGACACAACGGACUUCUACGGCACGAGAUGGGCGUGUAAACAAUGCACCACGACAAAUCUGUGUUCAAUGUGUUACUCAACAGAAAGGCACAACACAAGUCACGUGUUCCUUCGUCACGACACCCCUGGGGAUACCGGAGUUGAGGUAAACAAAAGAACGACUUCUCUGAUGUUACGCUCUCUCGGGCUCUACCCCGGGGCCAGGGUUGUGAGGGGAGAGGACUGGAACUGGGGGAAUCAAGACGGCGGCAGCGGAAAAAAGGGUACGAUCACUGAGAUGCAUGACGAGCCCAAGGCCGGAAGGACAGGCACCACAGUGAGGGUGAAGUGGGAUGUGGGUCCCUCCAAUCUGUACCGGCUGGGUUAUGAGGGCAAAGUGGACCUCCAGUACGUGGAGGAGGCUCCAUGGAUGCACUACUUCAGGGACAACCUGCCUGUCCUGGAUGUGAUGAACGGGAAGCGGACAGACGCUGCUGCUAGCACGGAGAUAGAUGUGGUGAAGCGGACAGACGCUGCUGCCAGCACGGAGAUAGAUGUGGUGAAGCGGACAGACGCUGCUGCCAGCACGGAGAUAGAUGCGGUGAAGCGUACAGACGCUGCUGCCAGCACGGAGAUAGAUGUGGUGAAGCGGACAGACGCUGCUGUCAACACGGAGAUAGACGUUGGGUGUAAAGUGUGUAUACAGUUGGACAAAGAUGGGAUGAGACGAGUGCAGGCUGACAAGGGCGGUUGGACAGCAAGCAUGGCCGAGUGUCAAGGAGAGAUAGGAACGGUAGCAGACUUUCCCUGCGAUGGUGUAGCUACUGUCUUGUUUGAAAAUAGAAGAUACAGAUUGGCCACUGAAGCCCUUUUAAAGGUGCAUGACCACAGCCCAGGCGACGUGGUCCGGAUCCUGGAUGACAAGGAGAAGGUUCAGAUGCUUCAGGAAAGUCAUGGAGGAUGGAACUUAAAAAUGGAAAGGUUCCUGGGUAAAGUUGGUCGUGUGAAGAAGGUGGACAGCGAUGGAGAUGUGGUGGUUGUGUUUGGGUCGAAGAAGUGGUAUUUCAACCCUGCCUGCUGUGUCCCUGCUCCGGGGGAGAUUGAGGAGAUACAGGUGCAUGACCACAGCCCAGGCGACGUGGUCCGGAUCCUGGAUGACAAGGAGAAGGUUCAGAUGCUUCAGGAAUGUCAGGGAGGAUGGAACUCCAAAAUGGAAAGGUUCCUGGGUAAAGUUGGUCGUGUGAAGGAGGUGGACAGCGAUGGAGAUGUGGUGGUUGUGUUUGGGUCGAGGAAGUGGUAUUUCAACCCUGCCUGCUGUGUCCCUGCUCCGGGGGAGACUGUGGAGAGCCUGGAAGAUAGUGAUGAUGACGACUGGGACCAACUGCCAGCGAUGGGAGGUAUGAUGGGAGGUUUACUAGAAAAUUUUAAGAGGUUCGUGGACUCAUCAGGAGGGCUGUCAUCAUCUGCACUGGACACUGGGGGCGUGACAGAGGCCAUCGUUAAGGGGGACCUGGACUUAGUGAAAGCCAUGAUACAGUCCAAGCCACAGCUGUUAUCACAACAAUUCGGACUCCAGAAUCUGACACCAUUGAUGAGAGCAUGUCACGUGGGCAAUAUGGAGAUAGCACGCUUCUUGCUGGACAGUGGCGCUAACCUCGAGACUCAAGGUCAUAAGGGAAUCACCGCCCUAUCUGCAGCAAUUAUUGGCAAGGAGGAGGCCAUUACGACCAUGCUGAUACAGAAGGGUGCCGACAUCCAUCACAGGCACCGCAACGGGCAGACGACUCUUCAUCUUGCUGUACACAAUAGACAUCCCAACAUCCUCAAAGUGCUCAUGCAGAAGGGCGUGGACGUCAAUGCUACGGACAAGUCUGGAGACACCCCUCUUCAUGACGCUAUCCUUUUACAAAAUGAUGAAUGCGCGAAGAUUCUUAUUGAAUGCCCAAACACCAAUCUCCAGCACUGCAACCGCCGGGACUUCAACGCCCUGCACUACGCCUGCUUAAGGGACCAUGUUACUGCCGUAGAGAAAAUACUGGAGAGAGACACAUCGUUUGUCAACGACUUAAUGUCGGACAAUACCUUCGCUGCUCUCCACGUCGCCGCCAACAACGACCAUGUGGAAUGCUGCAGAUUGCUCAUUGGCAAGGGGAAGGCCGAAGUUGAUCGGAAGGGUCAUUAUGGAGUCACUCCUCUAUAUGUCGCUCUUCGUAAACCUGCGUGUAGAUCAGUGGAAUUACUUCUCCAGAAAGGAGCUGACCCUAACAUCGAAAAUGACAACGGUAACAGACCGCUCCACGGCUUGUGUAAGGGCCGUGUGUCGUCUAGUCAUGUAAGCAAGACCGCCGACGUUGCACGACUACUUCUACAGAAGGGUGCUGCCUACAAAGCAAGAAACAAACACGGAUCUACCGCUCUUGACAUGUGCUCUAAUGAAGCUCUCAAGUCGGCGAUACUGAAAUAUAUCGACCAGAAUCAAGGAUCUCUGAAUUCUGAUGUCCCCUCGGAAAAUCAAUCUAGACCACAAGCUCCAGAAAGAAGAAGCCGGUCUAAAUACGUCACGCCGUGCAAUAAGUGCUUUGAGAAGGUAGCAGAUGCAGCGUUCAUCCCAUGUGGACACAAAGUUAUGUGCAGGGCGUGCGCUCCCAGCUUCAAAAAGUGUCCGUUAUGUGACGCGCAAGUGCAUGCACGGAGAGGCGCAAACGCUGAUGACGACGACGACGACGAUUCCCCGAUGGCCCAGUGCAAAACUCAGUAGAAGAUGAACUAUCUGCAUCCUGCGUUUGAAAUACAGUCAAGACAAGACUGAAGAUAAUGUGAUAAUAUACGUGAUAGUUUAUGUUUUUGGAAUACCUGUUUAGCAGCAGUGUUGCACAUAACGCCAAGCUGAUGUGCAGCAAUACCACAACCUUAGCACAGAACGAUGUCAUUGCUUAUACAAUGAUACAUAUUCGAUAUGCAAGUACCCUUUGGUUAGAUGCAUAUGUGAUGUCAAAUCACGUCAAAUGAUCUUGUUUACUCGUGGUGUUUUGCACAACUUUUUAAGUGAUACAGGCAUUUACAAAUUAGUACAAGAAAUGUGUAAAAAUCCUUUGUUAGACCUCCUUCUGGAUAAAUCGUAUUGGUAUAAGUGUGAUGUAAUUCAUAUGACACAAUGCGUGGUGUAGUUGGACUGGGAGCAGAGGUUUGACCUGUCGUCUAAGUCCCGCGAUUCGCCGUGCAGAAAUGGGCACGCCGGAAACCUAUGGUUCUGGGUUCGAAUCCUGGUUCGCCCCGAUUACGUUUCUAGGUUUGUCAUCCCCAUACCCGUGUUCAUGGGUUUCACCAAAGUGGAAAACGUCCGAGACCUGCAUCACUUCCGCAUUCCUCCCAAAUCAAGCUGACUCGUGGUGAUAUAACUGGAAUACUGUUCAAAGCGGCGUUGAACCCAAACCAACUCACUCACUCACUCACUAUAAUUGUACCGGAACUCAUCCUACGUGUACUGUAAUUCAAUCAUAACAAAAGAAGCAGUAUACUGGUACUGUAACUCAAUAAUAACAUGCUAUGUGAA